GUUAAGCCAAAGAUGAAGAGGAAACAAGUAUCCAUUGGUUAUGCAAUACUUCUGCUUAUAGCAUCUCUUCCAAGUCAUUCCACUGCUCCUCUGGCCAUAGAUGUAGAGUCUGCAGAACUUGAUCUUCAAGUUGCACCAACAGGAAAGAGUAUGAUGGCCACAAAACACAUCCUAGCUACUUGGCUCAAUUCCAGGAAGCUCGUUGCCUUAAAGAAUGUUCACAAGGUCCCAUCAGGGCCAAACCCCAUGGGAAAUCAGCACUCACCACCAUUGAUCCGGCCAUGAAUGAGAGGCCGCCCGGGGGGCAUUAUGCUAAGGAAGCUGGAGUUGAAAUGGUUCCAAAGCUUUUUUGGGACUACAUCAGGCGAAUGAGUUCAUGAUCAUUUGCUUUGCAGUUGCACUAAUAUUCAACCUAUUUAUUACAUAGUGGCAGCAGGAAUGUAUAAUCGUAUUCUAUAUCUGGGCUAGCUCUUCGGUUAUAU